AUGGCACUCAAGGAUAGCUUUCAGACCCAUAUAAUUGGUUCCAUACUUGAUGUGGGAAGUUGGGAAGUUUCCGAUUGGAUUCGUGUAAUUAUUCGGUUACUUAUUCUGGGAGGUUACGUCCUGGUACAGACAUUGAUCUCGUUCAAAAUAUUUAUAAUGGAGCUUUUUGUUUCCAAUCCAAUUACCCAACUGAUAUUGAAUAUCAAUGGAGCUAUUUGGUCGUGUAUUCCAAUUUUUGGGAAGUAUGGUAAAAAAAUUGUACCUCGAUUACUUUCCAUAGUUCACGAUAUUCUAAUACCUAAUCUGAAGAAAUUGGAAAUGUUGGUGAAGUUGAGCUUCCAACUGCAUUUGGUUGAAAUGACGUUGAAAGAUAAGAAAAAUGUUCAAAUAUUUGUAACAGCAGAGAGCGAUGACCUUGAGAUAUAUGACAGUCAGGGAAAUUUGAAAACUACACUAAUAUUGGCGAAUCAUCGGUCACUUAACGACUACAUGUUGAUUAAUUAUUUGAUUCAGAAUUGCAGUAGAGGUGAUCUGUUGCGCAAAGGUAAGAAACAUAUUCUGAAGAAAUCUUGGCAAGAGAACGAGAUACCAAUACCAAGAUUGAACUUUAUCACUUGGGGAAAAAUUGUUAAUUUUCCCCAUUUAUCUUUAAUGAAGAAUAUCUUGAUGAUGGAUGAGAAUGCCUUUGUUCCCCCUACGAAGAUAAAAAAUCAUUUAACUCGUACAGGUAAUCAAGUAUUAACGAUCUUUCCGGAAGUGAAUAUUAUGACCACGGAGUUGAGCAUCGUCCAAAGAAAAUUGAAUCAGGACUACCCAUUUGUGGCCAAGUUCUAUAACGUCCUAUACCCUCGUUUCAAGACUUUUAUUAGUACAAUAAAAUGUUUUGCAUAUAUCAAGCACGUCAAGCUUAAAGAACAAAAUGGCCUUCUGAGCAAUGCUCGCCAUCUUCUAACUAAUGGAGUCGAUAAAAUCAUUUUAAAAGCCCAAUCCAAGCAUACAAACGAAGAGGAAAAUGCGCAAGCAUCAAUGAUUGUUGAUUUACCAAACUUUUAUGAAACUGCUGAGAUGACGAUUGCUUCCGGCGAUGUUGAGGAACCAGAGCAAAUCAAAGAGCCGGUCGUCAUAUCCCAGGAUCUUUAUGAUCUAACAAUGAUUUAUUAUAAACCCAGAUAUACCAAUGUUGGACAUGAUCAUAUCAAUGGUCAAUUUACUUUGCAUGAUGGUUACCAAUUGGAACAAGUGAACCCAUCGAUUUUUGAGAUGUUGAAACCUGAAAAGGACUUCAAAAGUCGUGAUGAUAACUACACGUGUAGUAAGCCACCGAUCGUGAUAAUGAUUCACAUCAGAAAGCAUGAACUGGGGCCACUGUUACCAGCAAAAGGUCGAAACUUGGAGAAAUGGUUAGAAAGUCAAUGGUUGGAAAAGGAUAAGAUGAUAGAUUCUAUAGAGAAUGGUAUUAAGAUUAAAUAG